AUGGUAACCAGAAAGAUCAUACCAUGGUCGCUCGAGGAGGUGCAAAUGUUCCUCAUCUUGCUGGCCGCUAAGCGUAUCCAGCGAGUCUGUGUUGAAUGGAUGCCUUGCACUAUAUACCAUAAACCAAAUCUACCUAAGGAUAGCUGCAACAGUCCACUGGUGUCCAUGUUACCACAUUCAUCUUUCCAGAGUUCUUCACAGUCCUCCAUAAGUUAUGUUGCUCACAAUGCCAAGCUCAAUGGAAGAGAUGGAGCAGGGGGCUGGUCUCCCAGGGUGACAGACUGGGAGCCCUGGCUCCAGGUGGACCUCGGGGACCGGAUGGAGGUAACGGCUGUGGCCACACAGGGGCGCUAUGACAGCUUAGACUGGGUCACCAGAUACCUGCUGCUCUACAGUGACACGGGCCAGGCCUGGAGAGAGUACAGGGAGAAGGAUGCAGGAGGGAUGUUUGUGGGGAAUGUGAAUUCAGAAGUCAUCGUCCAGAAUAAGCUGCCCCACUCAGUAAGAACCCGCUUCCUGCGUUUCAUCCCUCUGGACUGGAACCCCGGUGGUUGGGCAGGCCUCAGAGUGGAGGUGUACGGCUGCUCCUACAAGUCCAACGUGGCAAACUUUGACGGCAGAAGCUCUUUGCUGUAUCGUUUCAACCAGAAGUCCAUGUCGACAGUGAAGGACGUCAUCUCUCUGCGAUUCAAGAGCCAUCAGGCAGAGGGGGUGUUACUGCAUGGGGAGGGACAGAGGGGAGACUACAUCACCCUGGAGCUUCACAGAGGAAAACUGGCCCUCUACCUCAAUCUAGACGACACCAGGGUCAGGUUCAGCAGUAGCCGUGUAGCAGUCACAGUUGGCAGUCUGCUGGAUGACCAGCACUGGCACUCUGUCACCAUCGAGCGCUUCAACAAGCAGGUGAACCUCACAGUGGACUCCCACACACAGCACUUCCAGACCAAAGGGGAAGGAGACACACUGGAGGUCGACUAUGAGCUGAGUUUUGGAGGCAUCCCACUGCCUGGCAAACCUGGCAUCUUCCUCAGGAAGAACUUCCACGGCUGCAUCGAAAACCUCUACUACAAUGGCAUCAACAUCAUUGACCUGGCAAAGAGACGCAAGCCACAGAUUUACACCGUGGGUAAUGUGACCUUCUCAUGCUCAUGGCCACAGAUGGUGGCCUGCACCUUCCUGAGCUCCAGCAGCAGCUUCCUGUCACUGCCGGUGGUCGCACCGUCCGCCUCCAUGGGGGGCUUCUCCAUUCGUUUUCAGUUCAGGACAUGGAACACUGACGGCCUGCUGCUCUCUGCACAGCUGAGGCCAGAGCACCACAGACUGGAGCUGCACAUCAGCAACAGCCGGCUGCUCCUGACCCUCCACAGCCCGGGACAGCAGAGAUCAGAGGCCUCCGCUGGUCACAGAGUCAAUGAUGGACUGUGGCACUCUGCGAGUCUCGACACCAGAAGUCUACAGAUCUCUCUUACUCUGGACAAUGAGCCACCCUCCACCAUUGAACAGAGGGAGCAAGUGGAGGCCAGCGGCAACUUCUACUUUGGAGGCUGUUCCCCAGCGGCCUGCCACAACCCGACUGUGGCCUUCCAGGGCUGCAUGCGCCUCAUCUCCAUCAACAGCCAGCCAAUGAACCUCAAUCAUGUCCAUCAAGGACUGCUGGGACAUUAUAAGGAGCUUCAAUUUGACACCUGCAACAUAAGAGACAGAUGUCUCCCUAACCUGUGUGAACAUGGAGGUCGCUGUUGGCAGUCCUGGCGCUCCUUCUUCUGCGACUGUUCAGGGACCGGCUACUCUGGAGCCACCUGUCACAACUGGUGCCGUCACCGUGAUGGAUUAGGCUACAAAAUCACAGAUGAGGAGAGGGUGUGGACAGUGCUGAACCACAACAUCACAGCUCCAGUCAGAGUCCAGGGCUCGUCUCUGCAGAAACCUCACAUCAUGAUGUUAAACUACAGUGCCUCUGCUGAACAACUGCGCGCCAUCAUUACGGGAUCAGAGCAGUGUCAACAGGAAGUGGUUUACAGCUGCAGGAAGUCUCGGCUCUUCAACACUAAAGACGGCCGCCCGUUGUCCUGGUGGUUGGAUCAGAGAGGAGAGAGGCAUAGCUACUGGGGAGGCUUCCUGCCUGGAGUCCAGCAGUGCUCCUGCAGCCUGGAGGAGAACUGUAUCGACAUGAACUACUUCUGCAACUGCGACGCUGACACAGACACAUGGGCUAAUGACACAGGAGUCCUCUCCUAUAAAGACCACCUGCCAGUGAGCCACAUCAUGAUCGGAGACACCAACAGAACAGGCUCAGAUGCCGUCUACCGAAUCGGCCCUCUGCGUUGUUAUGGAGACGUGUCCACAUGGAAUGCAGCCUCCUUCCACACAGAGUCUUCCUCCCUCUCCUUCCCCACCCUGCAGGCCGAGCUCGCCUCUGACAUCUCCUUCUACUUCAAGACCAACGCUCCUUCUGGCAUCUUUCUGGAGAACCUGGGCUAUGAACACUUCAUCCGAGUGGAGCUCAGCUCUCCCUCAGUGUUGACUUUCUCCUUUGACGUGGGAAACAGUCCAGCAGUCCUAGCUGUAAAGUCCCACCUCCCCCUGAACGACAGGCAGUGGCACUACGUGAGGGCAGAGCGUAACGUGAAGGAGGUGUUGCUGCAGGUCGACCAGCUUCUCCGCUUUCUGAAGGCUCCAGCUGAUGGACAGCGACGCUUACUUCUCAACGGCCAGCUGUUUGUAGGAGGAACAGCGUCUCAGCAGAGAGGCUUUCUGGGCUGCAUCAGGACUCUGACCAUCAACGGUAUGACCUAUGACCUGGAGGAGAGGGCCAAGAUGGUGGCGGGGGUGAGCUCCGGUUGUCCCAGUUACUGCAGCGGCUCCAGUCUCUGCCACAACAGAGGGAGGUGUAUCGAGAAGAGCAGCAGCUUCACCUGCGACUGCUCCCAGUCAGCCUACGGAGGACCCACCUGUCAGGAAGAGGUGUCUAUGUCCUUCGACAGGGAGUCCUCGGUGACCUUUACCUUCCAGGAGCCCUUCUCGGUGAUGCAGAACAGAAGAUCACAGGCCUCAAGUGUUAUCAGAGAAAGAAGCAGCAGUGCCAAAGAGGACAUGGCCUUCAGCUUUAUCACCUCCCAGAGCCCGGCCAUGCUGCUGACUGUCAGCACCUUCAACCAGCAGUACAUUGCUGUCAUCCUGGCUCACAACGGAAGUCUGCAGAUCUGGUAUCACCUGCAGACACACAGGAACCCAGAUGUGUUCAGUCCCAUCCUCAGCAGCCUGGCAGAUGGACGACUCCACCGAAUCAGAAUCCACCGUGAGGGCAAAUAUCUCUAUGUGCAGAUUGACCAGGACAUCCACAGAAAGUACACGCUGUCAUUUGAUGCAGAGCUGAUCUUAAUCAGAUCCUUGACAUUGGGCAAAGUCAUCAGAAGAGACAACUUCCAAAACGACGUAGUUCAAGCAGGUCUGAGGGGUUUCAUUGGCUGCCUCUCGUCAGUCCAGUUUAAUCAUGUGGCUCCUCUGAAAGCAGCACUGCUGAAUCGAGGGAGCUCACUGGUCACCAUCCAAGGUCCACUGGUCCAGUCAAACUGUGGAGCGCUGGCUGACUCAAUCACAUCCAACAAUCUGCAAGAUCAUGCUGCAACAGCAAACAGCGAAAAGGAGCACCAUGACACCCGAAAUGAUGUGGCUGUAAUAGCAGGUGUUGUGACAGUGGUGUUCAUCAUGGUCUGCAUCCUAGGCGUGGUGAUCCGCUUCAUGUACGGGCGGCAAGUCCAGAGGAGCAACCACAGUAUCACCAAGAAGGAGCACCACCACAGCAUGGAGAUAGACAACAGGACUGAGCUGCAUCUCCACAACAGGGACAACAUGAAGGAGUAUUACAUCUGACUACACAAGGGAGUACUACAUCUGACUUCAAGAAGGAGUACUAUAUCGAACCAGGAGUACAAGAUUUGACUACAUGAAGGUGUACUACAUGGGACCACAUGAAGGAGUACUAAAUCAGACUAGGGAUACAAGAUCUGACUACACAAAGGAGUAUAACAUCUGACUACAUGAAGGAGUACUACAUCAGACUAGAAAUACAAGAAAUGAUUACACAGAGGAGUACUACUAACACAGAUCUCGGAGCUCCAGACGUGCAUGUUGAGUAGAGAGGAGAAGCUGAGAGAAAUGCAGCCACUGUGGUUUUGAACCAGCAAAUGAAUGAAAGAUGAGGGAUUUAACACAACUUGCUGCACAACAAUGAAUGAACAUGACCUUUCAUACUUUAAAUGCUGAAUAUUUCCACAUUUCAGUAGAAUAUACCUAAUAAUACCUGGAAAUAAAGAGAAGUAGGCCUGGCCUGUAAGAUAUGUGCACAAUCGCUGCUGUCUUUAAGUGUGUUGGUGAAUGUUGUGGUGAUGACAGGGAAGAGUAACAGGGGGCCAACACUGCCUACUGUAUGAGUGCCUAAUUUGUCCUCAAGUUUUUCUUUCAACAUUUCCAUUUUUUACAGUGAAUGGCACCAAGGGUGUCCUAUUCCCAUAUGCAAUAUGCUUGUUAUCUUUAGCCCACCAUAGAAUUUAGAUGGAAGAUGUUAGAAAUUGUAAUCACCCAGUAACUUAACCUGUCAGCCAUUUGAACAUAGAGCGAUGUGCGCAAAUUUUCUUUCACUGACUUGUU